CACACAUUAUGGGGGACAGUGAGGAUCUGGAUGCUGCCGGUGCCUCAAAUGUUCAGAGCAGCCUUUCAGACUCCUCCGUGGAGAACGGUGCCACGCAAGAUGACUACCUUCUUCCCACCACGGCGCGCUCGCCAACCUGCGCCCGCUGCCGCAAUCAUGGCCUCAGGGUGCCAUUGAAAGGCCACAAGAACUGUUGCCAGUUCAUGGACUGCCAGUGCGACAAAUGCACCCUUAUUCUGCAAAGACGCCGGGUCAUGGCCGCCCAAGUGGCUCUUCGUAGACAACAGGAGCUGGAGCUGAAACGGCAAUUUCCCAGUGGUUUGCUACAGCUUCAGGACAGUGGGCCAACAAACUUCCUCCCCUUGGCCAAACCGCUGAAAGCGAUUAAACCAUGCAGGGGAGGGACAGACAAGAAAGAAAACGAAGAACCGUUGAACGAGUCCGAAGAUGGACUCCGGGGAACACCAGGGCUCCUGCGAAGACAAAGGCGGAGAACUGCAAGAAAGCGCCAUCGGAAAUCAGAAGCCCGUAGGUUCAAGCAGGCACGCAUUUGGGCCUUGAACAUGACAAUUUGA